AUGUCAAAACCUAGAUCACAAGUGUGGAUGUACUUUGAAAAAAAAAAAAAUCAAACUGCAAUGUGUAAAAUAUGUGGUAAAACAUUGCAAACUUCUGGUAAUACUUCCAAUUUGAUGGGACACAUAAAGAAGUUACAUUUACAUAAGUUACCCAUAGAAAACAAUUUGAAAUCUCCAAAUAAUCAAGAAAAGGCCACUAGUUCAUUUACUAGAAACAUAUCUUUGGGCUUAAUUGAUACUGAAAACAAUGUCGAUGAUCCAGAGUCACUGAGUGAAGAAACUCUGAACACAUUGUCCUCAGAUGUAUCUUUGUCAACUUCCACGCCAUCUGUGAGCAGAAACAGCUCCUUAAAUAUUGCAGAAAAGUUUACAAAGCAGCCUACCUUGGAAUGGUCACUAAAAAAGAUGUCCAGUUUUUCAAGCGGUGGACAGAAACAUACUCGAAUUACUGAAGCCAUUGUAUAUUUCAUCUGUAAAGAUAAUCAACCAUUAUCUGUUGUUGAGGAUAUUGGAUUUAUAAAACUUAUGAAAGAAGUUGCACCAUUGUUUAACGUUCCUACUCGAAAUACUAUUAAAGCUAGAAUCCAACAGAGGUAUGAUGUUGUGUCACUAAGCUUUAAAAAUGUUUUAAAAGAAGUUGAUGACAUCACUAUAACUAUGGAUAUUUGGUCCGAAAUGAUGACUACUAAAAGUUUUCUUGGGGCUACAGUACACUUUAUCCACUCAUCAAAAUUAUGUUCGGCUGCAUUAGGAAUUUUUGAGUUAUCACAAUCUCAUACGGCUAACUAUGUUUAUCAUGAGCUUAUGAAUUUAUUAAAUUUGUGGGAUAUACCUAAGUCUAAAAUUUUAGCUAUUGUGACAGAUAAUGAUGCUACAAUGUUAAAAGCAAUAGGAGAAAAUUUUGGCAAAAAUAAGCAUUUGCGAUGCUUUGCCCAUUCAAUAAAUUUGGUUGCUGAAGCCACUAUAAAAAAAGUUGAUGGCUUACAAAAUUUGAUUUCUCAAGUUAGAAAUAUUGUAAAAUUUAUUAAGAGAAGUGUAAAAUGUUCUGAUGAGUUAAGGAAAUUGCAAGAGAACAAUGGAGACGAUUUAAAAAAAUUGAUUUUGGAUGUAAUUACACGGUGGAAUUCUGUUUAUUACAUGUGUGAAAGGUUUUUGGAGUUAAAAGAAGUAAUUAAUCAAAUAUUAUUAAAUCAUUUAAAUGCCCCACCAAUGUUGAAUGCUCAAGAGAUAGAAAAUAUUAAAGAAAUGGUGGAUAUUCUAAAGAUUCUUGAAAAAGUUACUAAAGAAAUUUCCGGAGAAAAAUAUGCGACAAUGAGUUUGGUUAUUCCUAUAAUCAGUUGCAUUAAAGAUAAUUUAAAUGCCAUGUCACCAACUUUUAAAAUCGGAAUGGAAUUAAAAAAUGCCUUAACUGCUGAGGUGAAACGGAGGUUUGAAUUUAUUGAGCAAAAUUUUUUAUUGGCUGUUUCAACAUUACUAGAUCCAAGAUUUAAAAACAUCCAUUUUAAAGACGCCGUUGCGCUUUCAAAACAUUUGAUUUUUAUUCAAAACUCUAUGAAUAGUAUGGAAAAUUCAACAGCAGACAUGGAUUUUUCAAAUGAUUCUUCUGAUUCGGUUUCAGACCCUAGUAAAUUAGAUUUAUGGGGAUAUCAUAAGCAACUAGCACAAAAAUCUCAAAAAAAGUACAUUGAUAAAUCUAAUCAAGGGAGCCAACAACAUUUAGGAUCUGAAAUUACCAUGUAUUUGUCCACGCCAGUAUCUAAAUUAAAUACACAUCCAUUAAUGUGUUGGGAAGAAUUAAAACCAAUGUACCCAUCACUUUACAAAUUAGCCACAAAAUAUUUGUCAGGUGUUUGUACAUCUGUUCCAAGCGAAAGACUUUUUUCUUGUGCCAGCAACACCAUUUCAAAAACCAGGAAUCGACUAAGUGGGAAAUUGGCAUCAAAGUUAAUUUUUUUAAACAAGUUAGAUGAUAAAUUUUGGCUAGUUGAAUGA